CCUUCUCAUCCAAAACCAAUUCAACUUAUCAGGCGAGACUGAAAAGCCUUGCAGCACACUCGUAUCCUAAGUGGUAUAGAUAGAUUCUGGGAAUGUUGGCAUGGUAACAGUUGUAUUCCCCUUUGUCACCAUCAAAAUAAAUGGGUCAUGAGACGUACUAGUUGGAUAAACUACUGCUGAAAAACGUAAAUUUCCGUUGUCGAGCGCUGAAGCCACUUCACACUUCACUGACGCUGACUCAGCUGUUCCACAGCGCUGCGCAAACCAGUUUGCAGUCACAACAACCAGACAUCAGAAGGUUAAAGUACACCGGUCCCUCGGUAUAUGGAUAAAUUGUGGGUCAGAAUAUUGUCGAUAAUCUGACAGGACGAAGUUGCAGUUUGAUUCAUCAGCGAUAUUAGAGAAUUGACAGGAAACUGUGGCUCAGGUGAUCAAUUCUACGGGUUUUCCCACCAGGAUCUGGGACGUUUGAAAAAGGGGUCCAUGUGAUGCGCACAGUGAACAUCGCCAUCAGUGACUGCAGUUCCUCUCUCCAACACUCUGUGCACUCUACAAGCAGGAAGAGGCAUACUUAUUCCUUGGAAACAAGCGGGAUGGUUAUCACAGCGAAAAAUUAAACAUCCUCACCACUCCUUCACGGCUGCUCGAAAAUUAAACCAAAGGAUAAAGCGCGCUUGGUUCAUAAGGACAGGUCUGGCAACAACGUCUCUUGGUCAAGUCACCCCGAAUGAGAGGUCCUUAGUUCUGUGAAAGGGAGAAUUUGAAUCUACUACAAUGAAUUUUGUAAUGAAAGCUGCGAUGGGAGGGGCUGGAAAGGAUGUGGGUAAGAUGCUGGGUGGAGAGGAAGAAGAGAAAGAUCCUGAAGCUGAGAAGGAGAAAGAAGAAGAGAGACAGGAGGCUCUGAAGCAACAGGAGGACGAGAGGAAGGACAAAUAUAACAAGAUGGAGGCAGAGAGGGAGAAAGUGCGACAGGGUAUCAGAGACAAGUAUGGCCUUAAGAAGCGUGAAGAGGCAGAAGCUGAGGCCGCAGCAGCAAUGGAGCAGGCGUCUGAGGGCUCCCUGACUCGUCCCAAGAAGGCUGUACCCUCAGGCUGUGGGGAUGAUGGGGAAGAGGAGGAGAGCAUCAUGGACACAGUGAUGAAGUACCUCCCCGGCCCACUGCAGGACAUGCUCAAGAAGUAGCUAGUGCCAAUCAGCUGCGUCUGACCUGACCUGCCCCUCAACCCCAUCCCUGCAUCAUUAAUCUUGCCGGCUCCUCACACACGCCACCACAGCAGAACAGAACAGAUGGUAACAGCAGUUUGGCUGUAGGAUGAAACACCAAUAUGUCUGCUCCGGUCCCAUUUUUCAGUGGCAUAAAUUAUGAGAUAUACUGGCAAACAAACAUAGUCUUUGUCCCAAUAUGCUAACCAAACCUUGUGGCUAUUGUUUGCUUCAAGAUAAGCAUUCAUCUUCAAAAUGACUCAAGAUAUUGAGCAUGCCAUUUUAGUGUUUGUUCAUUCAUCUUCAAAAUGACUCAAAAUAUUGAGCAUGCCAUUUUAGUGUUUGUUCCUUCCAUUUGACCACCCGAUUAGUUGAGUGCCAGUAGUACUGUGGAAGAACCUGAAGGCCUGUUGUAUGCCUGCAUUAGUCAACACUCUUAGUAUUCACUCUAUGCUGAAAUAGUGAGCAACUAAACUGCUAGCUUGAAAUGAUGGAGUCCACCUUGGGCAGUUCACUUAAGUGACAUUAAGCUUGAGAUAUUUUAAAUCUGCGAAUGAAUGUGCACUUUUCUUUUCGUCUUCAGGAGAAAUAGUGCACUCACACAUAUACCCCAUCGUAACCAUUUCUCCAUUGGCAGAUUUGUAAAUACUCUCUAGGUAACAAUAAUAUGUAUACGUUAUGUUUUUAACAGUAUCCAUAAAGAAUAAAGGAAUAGUCUCAGAAUAAAAGCCAUAUUUUAUCUUUGAGGGAAGUCUCAACAUCAUACUCUCAUGUUAUCCUGGGUUGUCGCAUUAUUUCUAAAAUUUAUAAAUGCUGUACAAGCAUUAUGUAAACUUACAUGCGUUUAAACCCACACUUUUCUACUAUCGUUUAAUUUUUUAUUCAUAAGAAAAUUGAGAAAAGAAAAAAGGAAUAUUUGUUCCUGCAUGGCACUGUAAACUUCAUUGUGAAUAUGUGUAGUAGCUCUUAAAUUUCCCUUUUUCUGUGGAACAUUUAAAAAGAAAAAAACUGUUGUAUAAGGCAAUAAUUUUCAUCAUUUUGUGUGCAACUCCAUAAAACAAUGAGCUGAUAUGACAAGAAUUCAGUUUUUUUUUUUUUAAAGCUUCAGACUUACCUAGUCUCAGUCAGGAGCACCAGUUUUCAAACACUUAAACAUCAAGCCUCAAUGCAGUUCAUAUGUCCAAAACCUCAAGUACAUCGUUGAAAUUAAAAAUCCAAUAAUAAACACCAAAAAAAAAAGGCAAGACUGCUGGACCUCCACUUAUUUCAUCAUGCAGGAUGAAAGGUACUUAACCAUCUUUUGUUUGUGUUUUGCAAAACACUUUGUAUGAACCAAAAGUGACAAAGAUAACGCACUGUUUCUAACAAAUGUAUCUUUCAGUUGGUUAUUGAAUGUUAUGAGCAAUAAAAGGAUCAUCCUGUAUGCUUGGCUUAUGAAAGAAAAUAAAAAGUUUACUGACACUAAA